AUGUCAAUAACCCCUUGGGAGCUCAGUCUAUUGCCAAUCAUCAAUAUUAACAUGACUUGCACCCAAACCUGUAAAGAGAAGUGGAAGGCUCGUCAGCUGAAGAUUGUUCACCCUCAUGGGCCCAGGCAAAAUUUCAACCUACAGGCAGCAAUUGGUCUGAAACGGAAGAAGAAGAAAUAUCUUGGCAUACUUAGAGCGGUCCACCAUAUUACAAACCGCAAGGGUAUAGACAUGGAACAGACCAUCAGCUAUCAAUCACCCUUACUUUUGGGGAAGGCCAUGAAAGAAGUACUUUUUUUGACCAAGUUAAAGGAUGGCUGGCCUGUCAAGGAGAUUCUCCAGCAAUAUCUCCAAAACAAAACUGAUCACGAGAGGAGGAGGCGUCUCAUUACAAGUGAUGAAAAGGACUCCUCUGAGGCAGAUGAUGAGGAAGAAGCAGUGUAUUCUGAGGCAGAUAGUGAGGGAGAAGCAGCAUAUUCUGAGGCAGAUGAAGAUGGAAAUAAAGAUAGGCUAGUAGUAAAAGAAGAGCCUCUACCUGUGGAGACCACAGAGCGCUUCAAGAACUGGCUGGACGAAUAUUUAGAAAAGAAAUGCAGACUUCCAAGCCUUGGCAUCAACUGCCAGGACCCUGGCUGUUCCAUCCCACAGAGCUUGAUGCACACAUUAGAGCCCUUCCUUCAUGCUAUGGCAUACACUGCUUUCAAAAUGAAGCCCAAGCCAAAGCUCCCUGCCUUGGACCAAUCUGUUCGUGUGGUCCAGCCAGACAAUCAUCUCCUCGCCUCAGCAGCUCCUAGAUCUAUGAAAUGUCAAUCUCAGGCGGCAAUGGACCAGAUAGUCUUCGACCAAUCAGCCCAUCGGAUUGUGUACAAUGACGAGCCCAAGGCAAGGAUGACAUGGAGGUACAUGAAGGAGAGCACCAGGCAGAUAAGACAUUGGGUACCAGCUGAUUGA